AUGUAUAAUCGGUCUGCCAAUUACUACAGAGUUCUGGCUUACCGUUUUCGUGGGCGUUAUAUCUUGUUGAGUAGUAGCAGCAUUGUGACCCUUGUGGUCCGUCUAAGCAAGAUGAUGCUGCCAGCGACACCGUUAUUGGUGAGUGUGAUGCGGAGCUGCUCCUAG